GGGCUAUGGGUUAGCGUCGUCUCGCUCCACCUCCAUGGUUAGCUUGCGCAAUGAUGAUGUACUGUCGGUGUUGCUGGGUAAUUCACCUGCAAGAAAAGCGACCUUUGAGCCGGCAAAGGACGCAACCGACGUCGUAACAGACAUGUUUUAAUUAGCGUUCACAGGACUAAGAGGAGCAGCUGUGCGAUUUGAAAUUGUAACAUUACAGCUGAAUUAAGCAAUUGGGAGUCGCUCGCUCAGAGAUGGAGGAGUUCAAGAACAGUACUCUGGGCCGGGUAACGGUCUACUCUAUCCAGGCCUGCCCACACUGUGUGCAGGCUAAAGCCACCCUUGGACGUUUGGGAGUACCGGUGUGUGACGUGGAUCUGGGAAGGCACCCAGAGCUAAGAGCCAGGGUCAAGGAGCUGACGGGACGCAGCUCAGUCCCUCAGAUCUUUUUCAACAAUAUUCAUGUUGGAGGCAACGAUGACCUCCAGAAAAUGGUUCCUGAGGAGCUUCAAAGGUUGGUGAAUCUUGUCAAGGAAGAGCCUCUUCCAGCAGACGCUCCACCACUACCAGAGGAGAGUCAGGCGGAGGACAUGGCCGGGGAGACUGAUGGAGAGUUUAUGUGUGAGAAAGAUGAGUUGGCAGACCUGGUAGAGGACCUCAAACUUGGCAAUGUGAUUGGGACUCAGAGGAGGGGACUGACAUUGUACAAAAAGAGCUUCUCAUGUGACCAACUGGUCGACUGGCUGCAGAGAGAGAAGGGCAUGGCCAGGGCCGAUGCCUGUAGUACUGGCCAAGCAUUGUUGCAGAAGAAGUACAUGGUCAGUGUCCGUGGCUGUGGGCAGCAGGAUGGCUGUUUUGGAGAAGGGAAAGACGCACUGUACAGGCUGCUGCAGGAUGACCCUCAUUCAGCCCUCAACGCAGGACAGACGGCAGCCUGCAGUCCCAUCGAGGCUGCUGAACUCUCUUUGCUUGUGCGGGAGUUGAUCCUGAAAAUGUUCUCUGAGCAUCUCUCUGCUGAUGGCAAGUCUGUGGACUACAAGGCCAUGGCGGUGGACCCCUCCUUUGAGCGCUACUGUGAGCUAGCCAUUCAGCUCCAGAGGGUGGAGCUGCUCUCACUGAGUCGGGAGGAGAAACUGGCCUUCUUCAUCAACAUCUACAAUGCCUUGGUCAUCCACGGGUACCUGCGCCUGGGGGCCCCCACCAACAUGUGGCAGAGAUACAGAUUCUUCAACUAUGUGAGCUACCUGAUUGGAGGAGAAGUGUUCACGUUGCAGGACAUAGAGAAUGGAGUUCUGAGAGGGAACCGAAAAGGUGUCGCGCAGCUUCUACGGCCCUUCUCCAAAACAGACCCGCGACUACAAGUGGCCCUUCCAGACGCCGAGCCCCUCAUUCACUUUGCCUUGAACUGUGGCGCAAAGGGCUGCCCGCCAAUUAAAACGUACACGCCACAGGACAUUGACGGCCAGCUCCGCACAGCAGCUGAGGCCUUCUUGGAGAACGACGACGCCUGUUUGGUGGAUUCUGGGAAAAGAGAAGUGCGACUGAGUCAGAUAUUCAAGUGGUACAAAGCUGACUUCGGAGGAACUGAUGAAAAGCUGCUGACGUGGGUGGUGGAGCACAUGGGGGACUCUCCGAAGAAGACCAGCCUGCAGGGGGUCCUUUCUGCUGGGAAGACCAAAGUCAGCUUCCUCCCUUACGACUGGAGCACCAACAGUUCUCACUGAGCAUGCACACACACACACACACACACACACACACACACACACACACACACACACACACACACCAGCUCCAUGCUACGUCUCUUUGCAUCGGUCUGCAUUCUACUCGGCUGCAUACACAUACAAAAAAAUGGUUGAUGAUUUCCCGCUGGUCCUCGACCAUGCAAAUAUUUUUAAUGCGAACAUAUCCAAGUGGUGAGGGGGGCACAUUUGCACUGUACUGUUGAAUCAUACUUUGCUUGUAGGCAUGUCCGAGCUUUACGGUCUUCCUGUUAGCACCUACCUAUGUUUUGGAAGUUGUAUACAAGUUGCAUAUGCAACUUCUGGUAAUAUAAAGUAACAGCAGAGAGCCUUCAGAAAUGCAAUUGCACACUGAAACUUUGUCCUGCAGCAGCAUAACUAAUAGGAUGAGAUGCACAUUAAGCGCGUUAUUGACUUCCAUUAUUAAUACCCCAUGUAAAAUGUCAAAGCCUGAACAUUUCCCAAAUUAUUUUUUGAGUAAAUGAACACAGAGCUAACGGAUGGCACUCUUUUUAAUCAUUUUAACAGCAAUCAUCACCAUGGCUUCCAUGAUCUCCAGUCCUAAUCUUUAACCACUGUCAACAACUCAGGGGUCCUGGAUUAUCGCGAUCUUCCCGGUCCAAUCCAAUAUUCGUUGGGCUGUUUUACGCGGAGCAGUUAAACAGCAGAAGGUAUAACCGCUGCCUCGUCGAGCCAUAUGGAAACCCGUUGCACUUUCGGACCUGUAAUUCAUUCAUUCAGGCUGCGGAGGAGAGUCAGUCAUUCUAACCUGCCGACGUAAACAAGCCGAUUUUGUUUUCUAGAGGGAAAGAAAGUAAUAGCUAUUCCAUUUGAACGCUUAAUGGAAAUAGCACAUUAGUGUAUCAUCCAAAGCCCUGGAGGGUAACUACUCAAAUAAAACACAACUUGUGGCUGUGAAAAGACUGAUUUGAAUACAUGUAUGAUUAACUUCCUUCUCUGACCCAGGUAGCACGCUGUUUUCAUAGGACACACCCAAUGCUGUAAGGUGCUGCUCGUCACUCGUUCCCCAAAUCGAGAGCCACAGGUUGGACUGGAACUGUCAUGUGGUGCAGUGGCUCUCAAACUCGUUCUUGUUUUUAGCGCACCGAUUGUUUUGAAUCCCAACUUAUUUCUUCCCUCCUUCGUGUGAACAUCCAUGGUUGUUCACCCCUUUUGGAUCCAGGUCUUCCAUUUGAAAUUGGAAAAGAGCCACUGAUGUUUUGUAAAAGAUAUCGGAAAUAUUUCUAAUUGUCAACACGUUUUGUAUUUAUUUAAAAUACAUCUCUGACACUUUGCAUGUUUAUCACCAAAUGUUAAUGCUGUUGAGACAUAUUUGUAAAAUGUUUGCCGUCUUUUCUUCAGUAGUCAUGAGUUAAAUGUAGCAAAUUGUGUUGAUUAGUUUGCAGUUUGUGUGUUCAGACCUUUCAUUUAUUUUGUUCCAUCAUUGAGAUGCAAUUAAAUGUUUUCCAUAUUACCUGGACAUAAGUUUGUGAGACUUCCUCCAGUGUGAUGGCCACAGGUAACUGUAUGACUGAGGGUGUGGCUCCAGAAUGUUCUUAUCUCAGGUCCAAAGUAAAUGUGAGUAGAAACAAGGCUGAGUGGCUUGAUGUCAUCAAUGCACUGUGUGAUGCAGUCGUCCAUACUCUCUUAAAGACAGUCGUGCACAUUAUAACUGUUGGUUUCUUUGUUUUGAGCUGCACCCGAUCAAAAGGUGAAAUAAGCACGUAUUAAAACUGGAAAGCACAAGAUACCAGACACGUCUCUAAACUUGAAUGGCGGCCUGUAGCAGGAGGCGCUUCUCACUGCUGAGUUCGUAGCUUCUAAGCUCAGCCAGAAGGAAUAGUUGGAUCUCAACCAGUGUUGCCAGAUCCGCGGUUUUCCCGCAGAAUUGGGCUACUUUUGAAGUGUUGCCGCGGGUUGAAUUUUUUGUCUGCUGGUUCGGGUAGACAUAUUUUGCAUGCAAAUUACAUGAAUAUCUUUAAAUAAAAAUCCAUAUUUUAAAUGAAAUUUAUUUAUACCCAAAUCCUACCAAACUGACUCGAUCAGCACAUACACACAUGGACAUGGACUUUAAAAGCAGUGUAUAUGGUUUGGCACAGGCAUAUUGAGUUCUGAUAUUGGGCUGGUUUUGUCACACAGACUUGGCAACCCUGAUCUCACCACUCAUCCUCUCAAUUAGAACAUUAAAUGUCACUCUGAAAUCGGAAUAAAUGUGUGCAAUAGAUUUAAAACAUCAACUCGACUAGAGACCGUCAAAGUGCACCGUUGGCUUCACUGCACUUUGAAGGAUGAAGUGGACAGAAAAAAAGGGUUGCGUUUAUCUUGUUUUGAUGACCUCAUGUAUCAGGAAAUGUGAUGCCAAGUUUUUUUUAAUAUUCUAAUAUAAUCUUCUAUUUCCUCUUUCCUUGGAGUUAAAGCAAUAUGUUUAUGAAUGGUAAAUAUGCAAUGCUGAAAUAAAAUACAUUUGUUUCACUUUC